AUGGGACGGCAGUGGCGCCAAAGGCCGAUUGCAUGUCAGUCAUGUCGACGACGCAAGAUACGCUGCUCCCGGCAGUUCCCAUGCUCCAACUGCACAUCAAGAGGGAUACGGUGCGUGCAGUUCUACGAGCCGCUUGCGCCGGAGCCGGAGCCCGAGGAGAAUGACAGCGGUGAAACAAAAUCUGGAAAUGUUUCAAAUGUAGAGAUUCAGGCCCGGCUGGACCGGCUGGAGUCGUGGAUCACUGGCCUCGGUCCUGGUUCCGGGCCGUCCACGAACAGAAUUGAGAUUCCUUUGUCGGGGCAUUCGCAUGCUCAGCCUCUUUCUCCGCCAUUGUCGUCUACCGUGCAGCAUUUGUCGGAGGAUGCGUUGUGGUUUGGGGGCAAGUUUCUGUGUAAGAAGGCAAAGUGCAUUCCACCAGAUGCUGGAUUCCUGGAUGUCGGUAUAUCAUAUCACCUUUCACCCAUCAGACUUAUCAAGAAGCCAUACUCUAUUGUUCAAGAUGCGACUUCAUCUCUUGGACCGCUCGCCACAGGCUGUCGUGAGAUGUGUCUCACGCUGCCGCUGUACCAGGAAACAUGCCUGAUAUUAAGCACCUUCAUUGAAGAGUGUGCCAUAUUGAGUCCCAUUUUCCACGUCCCCUCAUUACUCGUCUCGAUACAAAGCAUAUACGCGAGUGUGCAGCAGCAAACGCCGAUUGACAGGGAAGACCUUCUGCUCCUCAUGUCCAUCAUCGCAUCUGUGACAUAUGUAUGUUCGCCAGACGACGACGUUUCCAAGCUCUUCUCCAACCAUUUGGAAGCGAAUACUCAAUGCGCAACAUGGGUGGCAGCGUCGUUUGCGCUAUCCGAUGAGGUCAAGCGACGCGGCCAGUCAAGUAUCCUGUGUCUGCAAGGACAAAACAUCUUGUUCAAAGUCUCGUCCUAUAUUGAGGGAAGUUCGGUCCGCACGCGAAGCUUGAUAUCAACAUCCAUCGCAAUGGCUCGCGAUUUGGGCCUGCAUCGAAUAGAUCUUCCUGGGAAUAAAGCGGACAGCAUAGGCCUGGCUUCCGGAAUGGAGAUGGAGAUUGCACGACGGUUAUGGUGGGAUCUUGUGAUAAUAGAUUGGCUACUGGCGCUCUUCCCUGGCUCCCACGAGGGAGUAUACACCAUCCACCCUCGCCACAUGGCCGUCCGCAAACCCAGUAUCAUCCGAGACGGCAACGACGCAACGCCCUCACCACAGGAACACGACCUCCAAAGCGACGUCUCGUACUUCCUAGAGCGCAUCCGUCUCGCAGAGCAAGGCCGCACGUACAUUGACCGCUGUCCCAUCUCCCACGCCAACACAGACGCAUACUACCAGGAAACGCUACAAUACGACGCCCGCCUCGAGCAAUACCAGCAAGAACUACCGCCAUUCUUCUCCAUCAACAAACUAUACGAACGCCCUCCCUCCCAAACCCAAGAGAACCCGUCCCUCAUCGUGCAGCGCAUCCAAAUAAACUGCAUGGUAUACGUCAUCCGAUGCUUCCUCCACCUCCAGUACCUCUCCCUCUCGAGCAUCGACCCGAAAUACGCACCCUCUCGCGCGUCGUGCUUCGCCUGCGCAAGCCACAUCGUCCGCCUACACAGAGAAGUCAAGUCCCAGUACCCCUGGAUAAUAUCCCGCCUCAAAGCCACGACGUUUCUCAGGUCCUUGAUCCUGGCGAGCGCAGUGUUCUUGCUGGAUGUGUGUUCGGGCACAGAGAUACGAGACUUGGCGAGGGAGAGGCCGGAUAUGCUUGAUGCGUGGAGGUUUAUGAGCGAUCUGCAGGAGGACUCGAAUCUUGUUGAGCAGUUUUUCGAGUUUGCGAGCCAGAUGUUGCGCAAGUAUGGGGUCUCGGAGACGAUUGUCGCGGGGUUGGCGGCUCAGCGGGCUGGGCAUUUGGAAACUGAGCGUGUGUCGAGGGAGAUGCAGGAUGUUGCGGAAACGUAUACGGAUGGAGGGGAUAAACAGAUGGGUGUUGGAUCGAUGGACAUGGAUCAGAGGUGGCAGACGCUGGAUGCGGAUUUUGACUUGAAGACUAUGAGUUGGGAUAAUGUGCUGUGGGGGUUUGACGCCAUCCUCAUGUAG